CAACCUGGACUAAACGGAAUACGAAAAUCACCGGUAAAGCAUAGAUCUCAUCGACUCGUGUACGUACCACCGGCCGCUACACAAGCCCCCAGGUUUCCAGUCAAUCUCGCAAAGCCGAGGACGCGAUUGUUGGAAGUGCUCUACGGCUACGGGCAGGCAUAGGCAUAGGCAUACCUACGUUUCUAGUCAUAGGCAGAGGCACGGAAGGUUGAAAAGACAACGCUACAAAAUACUCACAACGGUGCGCGCGCCGGUGGCGCGAUUCGGUGCGUCACACACAGUUCCUCCCGUGUCGCCCGGGCGAGUGAGACGUGCAUAGACGGGGCGGGCCUACAUGCCAUUGACCACCAUUCUUCAAUUUUUUACCCCUUACGGCAUUAGGGAGACACGGUUGUAGAGGAGAAGUCACCCCACUGUGUCCCACCUUGCCUCUCAUAGUAAAUACCGAGGUAUAAUUCUGGCGAGUCGUGCUCGCUCAUCGUCAGUCAAAUAAUGUCUCGCGUGUGAUUGAAAAAUAAAUACCCUAUACUUUUUUUUUAUUUCCUCUUAUACCAACAUUGUGUUUAUAAAACAUACAAGGGAGUUUGGGUGCGAGGGAGGUGGCGGUGGUUCACCACCGAACUAUAAGGGAGUAUAAAAACAGCCACCGAAAAAGAAGAGGGUGAAAUCCAACGGAACAGUGGUGCGUGUUUCGGGGAAAAGACGGAGGGUGAACAUGGGGUGGAGCAAUAUUUUCGGGCUUCUAGUAGCCUUGUCGCCUGUUAUUAUCACGCUAAUUUCUAUCGUUGAUACCGUCGAAGGUUCUUCAACACAAAGUGAGACCGCCUGUCCCCUGCGACAAUAUCGAUGCGGUAAUGGCAACUGCAUCCCAGUCACUUGGGUUUGCGACGGCGACGACGAUUGCGAGGAUGGUUCAGACGAAGGUCCGGAAGAGUGCAAGUCGACCAAAGCCUGUACGGACACGGAAUUCAGGUGUACAAACGGACGCUGCAUCCCGGCACAUUGGCACUGCGACGGUGAGAAGGACUGUCCCGAUGACUCCGAUGAGAAUCCCAGCGUCUGCAGAAACAAGAAUUGCACUGCUGAACAGUUCACGUGCCGCGGAGGCAUCGGAGAGUGCGUACCGUUGACCUGGAUGUGCGAUGAAACUCCGGAUUGCGUCGACCGUUCGGACGAGAGUGACUGCAAUGACACCUGCCGCGCCGACGAAUUCACCUGUGAAAACAAGCACUGCAUUCAACCACGUUGGGUCUGUGACCACGAUGAUGAUUGUGGGGACAACAGCGAUGAAAAAGAUUGUCCGGCAUCGACGUGUCAGCCUGGCAGCGAUUUUGCUUGCUCUGAAAAUUACUGUAUCGCAUCUCGAUGGCGAUGCGACGGAGAUGUGGAUUGUCCAGAUGGUUCCGACGAAGUUGGAUGUAAGGAUCGUCCAGGUCGAGAACGAUUGAACCACUGUGCUGCCCAUGAAUUUUCCUGUGGUGAUCACGUUACUUGCAUACAUCAGAGUUGGGUCUGUGAUGGUGAUAAAGAUUGCUCCGACGGGUCAGAUGAAGCGUCGAGUCGAUGUGGCACAAUCACUUGUAGACCUGAUCAGUUCCAAUGCUCAGAUCGAACCUGCAUCUCGGGCCACUUAUCCUGCAAUGGAAAAACCGAUUGUCCCGAUGGAGUGGAUGAAAAGAAUUGUUCAACGCCAACAGUUGUCUGCGAUCCCUUGAAACAAUUUGACUGCGGUAAUGGAUCUUGCAUUCCACUGAGCAGUGUUUGCAAUAACAAGCCUGAUUGUCUGGGAUGGGAAGAUGAACCGCGCGAUCUUUGCAAGAAAAACGAAUGUCUUGUGCACAACGGUGGUUGUUCGCAGAUUUGUGUUGAUCUUCCAAUCGGUUUUCGAUGCGAAUGUAAAAGUGGAUACCGACUAAUGGAUAAUCGGACUUGCGAUGAUAUCGACGAAUGCAUGGAGCCAGGAAGUUGUUCGCAAUUUUGCACAAACGAAAAAGGUGGAUUUAAAUGCAGUUGUGCUCCAGGAUAUCAAAGAGAUCCCAGAGACUUGACUCGCUGUAAAGCAUCCGAGGGUCACGCUAGCUUAUUAUUUGCUAGGCGUCAUGAUAUCCGCAAAGUAGCUCUGGACCGCCAAGAGAUGACAGCAAUUGUUAAUAAUACCAUGAUGGCUACAGCCCUGGAUUUCGUCUUUCGAACUGGUAUGAUUUUUUGGAGUGACAACAAUGAGAAGAAAAUUUACAAAGCUCCUAUCGACGAAGGUAACGAACGGACCGUUGUCAUUGACCGUGAUUUAACCACAGCCGAUGGUCUUGCGGUCGAUUGGAUUUAUAAUCAUAUAUACUGGACGGAUGCUGAGAAAAAUACCAUCGAAUUAGCAAACUUCGAAGGUAAUAUGAAAAAGACUUUGAUAAAGGAUCGGGUUCAAGAACCUCGUGCAAUUGCUGUUAAUCCACUCGAGGGUUGGAUGUAUUGGACAGACUGGGGUGACGAGGCACGAAUCGAGAGAGCUGGCAUGGAUGGCUCCCAUCGUAUGAUAAUUGUUGGAACUGAAGUUCGAUGGCCAAAUGGAUUGACGUUGGAUUUGGUCGACAAAAAAGUGUACUGGGUGGAUGCAAAAUUAAACAUAAUUGGUUCUUGUAACUAUGAUGGAUCUGGACGGCAUACUGUGUUAUACUCACCGGAAGUUGUAAGACAUCCGUUCAGCAUUACGACUUUUGAAGAUUAUAUCUAUUGGACGGAUUGGGACAAUGAAGCUAUUUUCAAAGCAAACAAAUUCACGGGCAAAGAAGUUGAAGCGAUUACUUCUUUAAGAUCUAUUCAACACCCAAUGGCUGUUCAUGUUUAUCAUCCAUACCGACAACCUGAUGGAAAAAAUCAGUGCCAAGCAGUGAAUGGGCAUUGUAGCCAUCUCUGCCUACCAGCUCCAAAGAUCAAUUCAAAAUCACCUCUACUCAGCUGUGCCUGUCCAGAUGGGCUCAGGCUCUUAGCGGAUGGUCUAAUGUGCGUUGAGAACGUAACGACAACAGUUGCACCAACGACCCAAACUGUCACAGAGCCAUUCAAGAAGCUUGUGCCUACGAAAAUUCCAGUUAUAGACAGACCUACUAAUGACACAGAGGGCAUUGGAGGAGGUGGUUCUACAGAGGAAGUAACCGAUCGUGGCUUAGUAGCUGCAAUUGUGAUUGCAGUGGUAUCACUGGGCUUAGCAUUACUAGCUCUGGUAGCUUUCUUGUGCUACAGGCACUAUCUCCAUCGCAACGUCACAAGCAUGAACUUUGACAAUCCUGUAUAUAGAAAAACCACCGAAGAUCAAUUCAGUCUGGAGAAGAACCGGUUCCCCCUUCCUGCUGCCCCUGUUAGCGAAGAGGCGCAGGAACCAUUAACGAGCCCUGGUACCAAUGACUACGUUUAAGACUUACGCGGUUUUGCUAUGGGGCUCUACAGCAGGUCAAGAAGCAAACAAAAAUUAUCGUUGAAAUCAAAAAUAAUCGUCAAAAUCAAAUUGCGUUUGCGAAUCACGCCUGUCCAAAUGCCCGCCCCCGCACACUUGCCUGCCUGCCAACUCAGCUGUGAUUAUGUUUACUUUUUGUACUGUGUUUGUUAAUUUGGAAACCGAAAAAACUCGCGCCACUUUAUAUGAUUCGUCCGUACGAAUUGCACUUUUGCUGUUAAAUGUAAAAGGAGGAAAUUUUUUAGUCCAACGAUCUUUGCUGUUGAUGUUUCACAACAGGAUAAAGAUACAUUUUUCCCACUUGAUACAGCGAUAAAUUUUCACACCCAAAUAUCAUUUGGUUUUAUACUUAGUGAAUAACAUCACAUGUUACUCGUGUUAGUCAACAAUGACAAUGACUGAUGAUAACUGAAUUUUAUCACUCUCAGACGUUUUGAUUUUUAAAUUAUGCCAGGUCAGGAUACGUCCAAGUAUGAUACGUGUGACGAAGAAUAUAACUUCGUUUUGGCAUGAGAAGCAUUUGUUAGAUAAUAACGCGAAAUUGAUCGUUUGUGAUCAACUACGAAUUCUGUUUGUUUGCUAGAAGUCAUUUAUUGACUUUUGUUCAGUUCAAUAAUCUUAUUUAUAGUACGCUCUACCGAAUUUGCCAUAGUAUUAAUAUUUUUUGCAGCUUGGAUCAAUAAUUUCUCCUUUUAUCUUUAUCAAGCAAAGUCUUUGAGCGGCACUUGGUACGUCCAAAAUAUACCUAGUGGCUGCUCAUUUCGUGAUGAGUAGCUCAUAUCACAAAAACCAUUUCAGUUAUAAUCUUUUAGUUGAUUUUCGUAACGAUUACGUACUAGAAUAAAUUAAAAGCGGCAUAGAUAUAAUAAGAGCAGCUCAAUGACACUAAGUGUGACUGUGCGUUUGUUAGUUAAUCAAUGCUACGGUAAGGUUCUCGACCUACUAAAAGUCAGUGUACGAGUAUGUGUAUAGAAGUAUAGUCUCGAAAAAUAAGGAUUACAUACUUAUUAUUAAUAUUAUUAAUUAUUAUAUUAUAUUGUACUAUUCGAUGUCAGACUUUUGUGUUUUAUUGGGAAAUUUUAGAUAUUUCGAAAUAUUAUCCAGUCUAGAUGCCCGGCGUUAGUGCACGCUAAUGAACAAUUGGGCAGCAAUUUUGCCUACACUGUAGAAAAUUUGAUUCGUCAGAAACGUGAUACUCUGAGUAAAAAAAAAAGCGUGAUCGAAAGAAAUUAUUCGAAGUUAAUUUUAGCCAAAGAAAUUAUCAAUCUUAUUUAACUAUUGAAAUUAACUUAAUCAUUAUAUUUUUAACAUUAUUUAAAAAGAAUAACAUUAUUCAUUCCCAUAAAAUAAUGAGAGGUAUUUUACAUAUUCAUCGAUUAAUGAUUCUCAUUUGCAUAGAAGUACGUUGAAGCUCUUGUAGCCCAAUAUCUAUCCUAGGGUAUUUCUAGCAUGAAGAUUUAUAUGGUAGUUUUUCUUUAUUCUUCGUUGGAAAAUUCACAAGUCAUGAAAUGUAUUUCUGCAGUAUACGUGAUGGCAUGUUUAAAUGUUAUCUUUGAUAGUUAAAGCAUUAAUUGUGCAACAUGAUCAAACGAACGAAAGUAAAUGCACUGGCAGAAGUUUUGAGUAUUCAAAAGUUAUUUACACUAGUGAUAGUCACAUACUAUGGCUCAACUUGAUGCUCAAGAUUUGAUUUGUCCGCAGCAUCGGUCUAAUUGUUUGAAAAAAAACCAGACAGUUGUUUGCCUAUUAAUUACAUAGCAAUUUCUAUCCACUGAGAUACGCAUAUAUAUUGAUAGAUGGAUACCAGAUGAAUGGCAAAGUGAGAAAUGCAAGAAUGAAAUUUUGCAAAUUUGAAAAUUAAAGCAGCAAGUUGAUGGAGAAAAUGUCGUGUGAAAGAUUGAAUUUUAUUGUAUGUGUGAGACAGCAUAUCCUAGCCAUUCUCCCGCCAAAAUCGUGUCAAACAUUGUUUCGAUAUACAUUAUUAUCACUAGCUAGAUAUGGGUAUAUAUGUAUAAAUAUACACACAUCCGUAUUUAUAUCUAUAUAUAUGUACGCAUAUAUAUAUACAUAUAUAUAAAUAAUUAUAAGUCAUACUAUAAUUGUAACUGUCACAUUAUUAUCGUAAUUAUGUAAAAUGUAAAAUUUGUAAAUAAGUAAAGAAAAAUAUAUGUAUAAUGAAAUAA